UUCUUCGAUAGGCAGCAAGUCAAAUGUUUUUGUUGAUAUAAAUAUUGAUGAAAUUACCUUGAUCAACUCAAAGAUAUCUACGCAUUGGCAAAUGUUGCGUGGUGGAUGUUGAAUGAUUUUCUCUAUGGACCUAAAUGCCUCCCCAUUACCUGAAGAAGAUGAUGAAGAGGUCUUUGAAGAACACGAAGAGGUCUUUGAAGAUCACGAAGAGGUCUUUGAAGAUCACGAAGACCGCGUUGAAGGAGGACUUGCAGUGGAAGAACAUGUAGAGACUGCAGUUGAAACCUUUCGCAGAGAGCGUGAAGAACGACGCCAACGAUUGAAAAGGGAAUACCAAGAUGAGGGCCCAAAACCCUCUUUACAGCAGCCUAAAAUGGAUCCUGUUGUUCCGACUAAAAGACCUAGAUCUUAUGACAGAUACAAGCCUCCAUCUGGUUGGGUGGAUUGUCCUCCUUAUGGGAAGUCCAUAGAUAACAUAAUCCCUUCUAAAGUUCCUCUUGGGGAGUCUUUCAAUAGCUCUGUUGCUCCUGGUAAAAGAUACUCCCUCAGACAAGUGGUUCAUCUACAAACAGUGGCAGGCAGAGAGCUUGGUCUAGUGAUUGAUCUGACAAACACCACUCGAUACUAUUCACCGGCAGAUUUUAAGAAACAAGGUAUUAAGCAUGUUAAGAUUGCAUGCAAAGGAAGGGAUUCUGUGCCUGAUAAUGAGAGUGUAAAUAACUUUGUGUAUGAGGUCUUCCAGUUUCUUUUCCGCCAGAAACAAUCAAAAAAGCGGCAUAUUCUUGUUCAUUGUACUCAUGGGCAUAAUCGCACAGGCUAUAUGAUCGUUCAUUUUCUUAUGCGUUCACAACCAAUUUCUGUGACUGAGGCAAUACAAAGAUUUGCUAGCGCACGCCCACCAGGAAUAUAUAAACAAGACUAUAUCGAUGCAUUAUACACUUUCUAUCAUGAAAGGAAACCUGAAACAGUCAUUUGCCCACCAACCCCAGAGUGGAAGAGGGCUUCUGAUUUUGAUCUGAAUGGUGAAGCUGUGCCAGAUGAGGAUGAUGAUGGUGGUAUAGCUGUUUCUUUGCAUCAGGAGGACCAUGUAGAAAGUGAAGUAAUGACAAAUGAUGAUGUCCUGGGAGAUGCAAUACCUGCAGACCAGCAAGAUGCAAUGCGACAAUUCUGUUAUCAUACACUUAAAUUGGUUACAGGGGCAAAACGAAUCUUGCAAUUCCCGGGCUCGCACCCAGUAUCUCUCAACAGGGACAAUUUACAAUUGUUAAGGCAACGGUAUUACUAUGCAACAUGGAAAGCUGAUGGAACACGCUACAUGAUGCUUUUAACAUAUGAUGGAUGUUACUUGAUCGAUAGAAACUUUUGUUUUCGAAGGGUGCAGAUGCGGUUUCCAACAAGAAGCACAAAUGAGGGUCUAGCCGAGAAGACUCACAACUUAACAUUACUUGAUGGUGAGAUGAUAGUAGACACUGUUCCAGAAACUCAGAAGCAGGAGAGAAGAUACUUGAUCUAUGAUAUGAUGGCAAUUAAUGGAGUGUCUGUUGUAGAGCGGCCCUUCUAUGAAAGGUGGAAGAUGCUUGAGAAAGAAGUGAUUGAACUUCGAAAUGUUGAACGCCAGCAUAUACAUCAUAGUAGAUAUCAUUACUACAAAUAUGACCUGGAACCAUUUAGAGUGAGGAGAAAGUAUUUUUGGUUGCUAUCUACUGUUAAUAAGGUUUUAAAGGAAUUUAUCCCAACGCUUUCACAUGCAGCAGAUGGUCUUAUCUUUCAGGGAUGGGAUGAUCCUUAUGUUCCUCGUACCCAUGAAGGCCUCUUAAAGUGGAAAUACCCUGAAAUGAACUCAGUUGAUUUUCUCUUUGAGAUGGAAGAAGAUAGACAACUACUUUAUCUUCAUGAACGAGGAAAUAGGAAGCUAAUGGAAGGGAAUCGAGUUGUGUUUGAAGGUGCAUCAGACCCCUCUGCAUUUUCAGGGAAGAUUAUAGAGUGUUCCUGGGAUUCUGAAGAAGAGGUAUGGCUAUGUAUGCGCAUCAGGACAGACAAAGCAACACCAAAUGACUUCAAUACCUACAAGAAGGUGCUGCGAAGCAUAAAGGAUAAUAUCACCGAGGAUGUCUUGUUAAAUGAAAUUGGUGAGAUUGUUCGUCUACCCAUGUAUGCAGAUAGGAUACGGAAUGAUAGCAAAGCAGCCCAAAUGCACCACCAACACUCAAAUUCAGCUCGACGAAGAUGAUGGAAAUUGAUGUACUCAAUGUUGAUGGUGUUUACAGAAAAUAGUGAUGAUGCUGCACUGCUGUAGUAUGUGUAAUUAUUAUUCAAUUUAUACCCCUAGGUGUAGCCU